AUCCCCUGCUGUUUGUAGGAAGUGUAUAUUUUUCCAGCUGCAGUCCCACAUGAUCCGGAUGCGGAAGGUGCAAUGAGUUCAGACGUGGUCCUGCUCCUGGAAGCCGCUGAUUUUGCAGCAAAAAAGCACAAAAAUCAGCGGCGCAAAGACCCGGAGGGGACCCCGUACAUCAACCACCCACUGGGUGUUGCCCGAAUUUUGGCCCAUGAAGCUGGAAUUACAGAUGUGGUUGUCUUACAGGCCGCACUUCUGCACGACACUGUUGAAGAUACAAACACUACAUUUACAGAGAUCGAGGAACGGUUUGGAGAGAAGGUGCGGAGUAUUGUUACUGAAGUGACAGAUGAUAAAUCUCUUCCAAAGGAGAAACGGAAGGAGUUACAGAUCCAACAUGCCCCUCACUGCAGUUACGAAGCUAAACUAGUGAAACUGGCAGAUAAACUGUACAACUUGAGGGAUCUCAAAAGCUGCACUCCAGCAGGAUGGACGGAGCAACGCGUUGAACAGUAUUUCAUCUGGGCUUCCCAAGUCAUUGCUGGACUUCGAGGAACAAAUCAGACCCUUGAAAAGAGCCUGGAUGCACUUUUCAAAGAAAGAAAUAUUCUUACUGGAUAAUGAGAUUCUGUUUGAAAGAGAUUAGAUUUUGAGAUGGAAGAUCGAGCAGUACUUUACCAUUGGGUCUAUCAGUGUGAAAUGAAGUUAUAAAUGACAAGGUAACAAUCUCUAAAUUUAAAUAUUCAAGAAUGUACUUUAUGAUCAGAUUGAAUUUCUGACAUUUUAGUUGGAAUGAAUAUAUUUUUGCUGCUCAUUUACCUUGUUUCUGUGAAU